CGAUCUAUCAGUCUGUGAUCCGCGCGCGUGAUGAAAAUCGCAAUCGUAGGCGCCGGUCCCGCAGGUCUGGCGGCCAUUAGGCACUGCCUGGAGGCGGGAUGCGAGUGCGUCGGGUACGAACAAACAGGGAACAUCGGCGGGAUCUGGAAUUACACCGAGAACGCGGAUCGGGACGAGAAUGGACUGCCGGUACAUUCGUCCAUGUACCAGGGACUCUGCACGAAUCUACCCAAAGAGUUGAUGGAAUACGAAGGCUUUUAUUACACGGAACCAGAUCAUUCGUUCAUUACCCAAGAAGAAGUACUCCGAUACGUGCGCAGAUUCGCCAACGACUUUAAAUUGCUGCCGUACAUAAAGUUUUUUACUCAGGUGACGUUGAUAGACCCGACGGACGACGACCAAUGGAGGGUUCGAGUGAAAAACGUAAAAACCGGAGACGUUAGCGAAAACCUAUUCGAUGGCGUACUCGUCUGUAACGGUCAUUAUUUUGAACCGAGUCUACCAUCGAUCCCUGGUAUGGAACGCGUCGAAACUAAGAGCAUCCACAGUCAUCUCUAUCGGACACCGGACGCCUAUAAGAAUAAAAGGGUCUUGGUAAUCGGUGCCGGACCGUCUGGAAUCGAUAUCAGUAGACUAGUAGCCGCGGUUGCUGAAAAGGUAUUCUUAAGCUUCAGCGGAAAACCGUUCGGGGGGAGCCCGCAAGAAGUCGCCGUUAAACCCAGAGUGAGGUGCUUUGAGGAGUCGAAAGCAAUUUUCGAAGACGACACCGAGGAAAGCUUUGAUCAUAUAAUAUAUUGCACUGGUUAUAAAAACAUAUUCCCAUUCUUAAGCGAGCAGUGCGGCAUAACGGUCGAGGACAAUUGGGUCAAACCAUUGUACAAGCAUUUGAUCAAUAUCGAACAUCCGUCCAUGGCCAUUACCAACCUGAUUUCCGCCAUAUGUCCAUUUCCAAUUUUCGGACUCCAGAUUAGAUUCUUCCUCGCGUUGCUCAAAGGUCACUUCACGGUAUCCAAGGAAGAAAUGUACGAAGACUUAAAGGUUGAUCGAGCCAGACGCGAUAGCGAAAAGCUUCCCCUGAAGAAAGCCCACUUUAUCGGAACAGGACAGGGCGGGUACUGCGAAGAUCUGGCGAAAACCGCCGGAAUCGAACCCGUAGCGUCAGUGAUCCAUAAAAUGUACGUUCACUAUGCCGAUAGCGAUUUCGCGAGAAGGAAUUACAGGGUAAUCGAUAAAGACAACUUCGUCGUGAUGCAAUGAAUAAAAUUUUUCAUGUCAAA